UGCACCGCACAUACGCUGACUUCUCAAAAUCCCUAGAAGUUUUCAAAAUAUUCAACUUUAGAAUAUAAUAAAUAAGUUCUUUUAAAAUAGUUUCUGCUAGUUUCAAUCAUCUGUAUCAAAAACUCAACUUUCCUUUCCAUGCCUCAGCUUGUUUCUUCCAACUCAAGAAGAUUUCAAGGAACUGAUUCAGUUUAGCUAUGUCAUGUCACUGUUGUUAACCAAAAAAUGGCCACACCUUUGUUCCGUGAUUUUAAAAAGCAAGCUUCUUUCUUCCUCAAGGAAAAAUUCAAGACUGCUAGGUUGGCUCUCACUGAUGUUACUCCAGCAGAACUCAUGACAGAAGAAGUUACCAGAGGAAAUCCAUGGGCCCCGGAUUCUCCAACACUUAGAUCAAUUUCAAGGGCUGCUUUUGAGCUUGAUGAUUAUUGGAGGAUUGUAGAGAUUCUGCACAAAAGACUCCUUAAAUUUGAGAGGAAGAAUUGGAGGGCAUCUUACAAUUCUCUGAUUGUGGUGGAGCACCUGUUGACUCAUGGACCAGAAAGUGUUGCAGAGGAAUUUCAGAGUGACAAAGAUGUAAUUAGUCAGAUGAAAGAUUUUCAUUAUACUGAUGACAGUGGGUUCAAUUGGGGUGUAACUGUUAGAAAAAAAUCAGAACGGAUUUUGAAACUCAUGGAAGAAGGAACUCUCCUUAAGGAAGAAAGAAACCGUGCUCGGAACCUGUCCAGAGGAAUUCAAGGUUUUGGAAGUUUCAGUCAAAGGUCAACUCAAGAACAAGGAGUUCUGCAUGAAAAAUCAUUGCCAACCACAUUUGACAGAUCUAACUCUGAUUUCAACAACGGUCAAAGUCAGGAAAACCAGUCAUUUGGCUCACACCAUUUUCUGGACACAGCAGCAGUUAAAUCUCCUACUCCUAGUCAUGAGGGGGGAUUUUUGAAGUCUCAAGAUGAUUGUGUAGAGCCAGAGAGCUACUUGCAUGAUCAUGGAAACGCUCAAAUGCAUCAGAAAUUUGAGACAAGCUCUAAAGAAAUGAUGACACCUUGCAAGGAAUUCCAUCUAUGGAACUUGAAAGGGGAAUCCAAUCCACUUUUGGAUGGUAACCAAGAGAAUGAUUCCAGACUUGGUAUGUUCACAGCCGAAGAUGAUCACCCCUUUAACUCCAAAGAAAUGCAUUCCACUUCUUCCCUUCUUCCUUCUGGAUGAAGUUAAGUAUCAGAAUGAAGGUAACAAGGUAUACUUCACUUCAUGUGAAGAAAAUUAUUCCAAUCAAGGUCUUAUACUACAUGUAUUUGUGUAUAUGGAUUACCUUAUUUCCUCCUACAGUUUUCCCCGAGGAGAAAAGAGAAAAAUGUUUGUAAAUUUGGACCUGGAAGAAAGCAUAUUGGAAUGAAUCGAUGAGUAUAAAUAAAGCACACACCUAUUUGCUGCAGAUUCUGAAUUA